AUGCAGAACAGCAUCUAUGUCGGGACAGACACCUGUAUGGACUGCGGCUUCACCCGCGGCAGCAGCGUGUGCUGCCCGGUCACCCGUCGGCACCACGGCACCGAUGAGCUUAUUACGUCUGGCAGACAUCGCACCAGUCACAGUCGCUUCUCCUCCGCCUCCAAGGGCAUCUUUGCAAAGGUUUGGAGCAAGCACCCUAUGCCGCAUGCUCGGCAACCUGCCCAUUUCACACGAGUGAACGAUGGGGGUAUUAUACCGACCUCCGAAGCGCUCCAUCCCUUGGCCCCGGGUGUAGAAGAUGCCACCGCCGAGGGCACAAACGAGGAUUCACGUGCGGCGGACACGUCACGCGUCGGCGGUGCGGAUGACAUUGUGAGUUUGAAGAACGGCAUAGAGGACCGUGAAAACGGCGACUCUGCGCAUCAGCACAACGGAAUCGACGCGCGCGAGGACAGCGCCGGAGUAGAUGAGGCUGUCGGCCAGGGGGGCGGCGAGAUGCAGUAUUACUGCUACACGGACGAGAAAGGCGACAUGUACUGGUACGUGCAGGAGCUGCAGGACUCGAUGCAACAGCAACAACCCGCCGCCGACGCAGAGACGGCGCACACGAGUUCACAGGCGACCACGUACUACUAUGAGUCUCAGGCAGGGCAGUAUUGGAUAGACGGCUCAGUGCCAGAGGGAUCUUACGUGUGCGAAUACGUGGAUGAGAACGGUCAGACGGUGUACUACCUCUACACGCCAGAGAUGGAUGGCGCCCAAGACAACACCGCGUCCACUCCUCAGCAGACGCAGGACACCAACAGUGGCGGCACGACCUCUACGUCGGCCAUCGCGGCUACGGGGUCGCACGUCGCCUCUGAGGAAGCGGGCAACGCCGCUGCGCCGUCUAAGCGAAAGACCCCAGGGGCGUUCUUUGCGGCCAUCAAGGGCGUUUUCAAGCCCCACCGUAGCCGCCACACCCUCUACGUAAAUGACGACCUCGCUGCCCAUUAUGGUGAAGACGCGAAUCCCUCCUUUUUCGUGACAGGCUCAGAUACAGAGCCACCAGCCCCGCUGGGGACGGUGAUCAGUGAGACUCUCAUGACUCCCCGCAAUAGUGAGGUGAGCCUUUCUGAGAAUGACAGGGGGGAGUUACUGGACAUCCUCGACGCGGCAGAGAGAAAACGGUUGAGGAAUGAGCGCAAGCGCUUCAUUAAGGAACUCACCGCGAGCGAGAAGAAGGAGCGCGAGAUCAUCAUGAAGGAGCGGCGCGAUGGCAUGGCGACCUUAGGACGGGAAAAACGUGCGGAGGCCUUUGUGCUCCGCAAUUUCGAGAGCGUCAUCACGAAAAGGCCGAAGCGCGUGUAG